AUGGAAGCGCAUGAUGUCUCUGAGAUAGACCCUUUGGUGAAGGCUGCGCAGUCACCUGGCGCACCCCUGGUGUCUUCGGUGAACAAGGUGCUGCAUGCCUUGCAAGAGCGCCAGUACUUGCGGCACAUGGUCAUAGAGCCACAGUUCAUCGGGAUUCAUCCUCAGAAUCGUGAUGGCCACGGAGUGGCUUGGCAUGAUUGUCACUCCCUCAUGGCAAACAUCGUUGACGUGGGCUUUGAUGCCUCGAUCACAAAUUGCAUGUGUGUGGAGACAGCUCCAGGUGAUUCAUCAGCCAUUGCUUUCAACCAAGCUUUGUCAGUGGAGAGUGGUGGGAAACUGCCGGAGGUCCACCCACAGCACCUCAAGUUUUUGAGCCUGUCCGGAAGUCAUUUGAACACAGCACUGCGCAUGAUCGGGCAGGGCACUCCAUGCUCAGUGGAAUCGGUGGCAAUCGACGGCAAGGUGAACGUCCAGAAAGUUCUUCAAAAGGACGCUGCAUACGCUGAAGCCAGCCGUGCAGGGUUGCGGUGGAAAGUUUUGUCUGCCGCAGUGCUCGCGCAGUGGCCUCAGCUGGCCUCUCUCAUCCAGUCUGCUGCCAAUACAGGCAAUCACCUGGCUCGUGAAGAGCAUGAGGCUUUCGGCGGCGGUCAAAAGCUGAUAGACCGCACGAGUGCCUUGGUGAAAACAUCGACUUCCGGGACAGAUCGAAGCCUUGGCGUUGAGUUCUAUGAAUUGUUGGGCCAAGAGCCUCGACCCAAGGAUGCAGACCCCUUUGUGCGGUUCAGGCACGCUCUCCUGGCUCUCGGGUAUUCGUGCCCGGUGCCGCGCCUCAUCACGGCAACCGACUGCCGACGGCUUUUCCAGAGGCAGUUCCAGGACGACAUUGGCAAGGCCAAUGAGCUCAUGGGCAAGGUGGAUGCAUUGGUGGAGAAAAAAGUUGAGCACCGUCAGCGUCACCGGGUGUUCCCCGAGCAGUAUCUCUUCGAGUGCCAGCUGGUGCUGCUGGCACUGCAGAAAAGGCACAGGGACAUCGAGCUGUGUGACAGCAUGGAGCACGCUGCCUUGGCUUUUUGCGAAGCUGUCCAAGAAGCAGUUGGGGUCACCCUCUCCAACGAGUGGGAUGGCUUGAAGACCCCUCCCAAGAGUUCAGCCCUGACGACAACAGCUGUGGCAGCCAAGCUGAGGGAGUUUGAUGCCUCAGGGCAACUGAAAGAUCCUUCUAUCCUUCUCCGGGAGGCGUUGGACCAUGUCGCAUUCGCCAGCUGCAACAGCUAUGACAUGAUAGUGGCUGGAACAAAAGGGAAGAUUGUAGAGAAACUCAUGGAGCUGGAGAAGCAGCACAAGGCCUCCUUGAACAAAGUCCAGGUGUACCUGAAGCCACCCAAGACCGUGGAGGCCACUAGCGAAGUGGCCGUGGGAAAGCUGGUGUUGGUACCAGCCACACCCGCCAUUCAGGCGCUUCAGGUCGACAGCCGAUCGAAGCCAAAAGGAUUGAGCCUGGGCAAAUGUGGCACAAACAGUCACAGCUUCUACUUGACCCAGGUGGUGCAGGUUCCAAAGGAUGGGAAGGGCAUCGUUGUGCCUUUCUGGUUUGUGAAGGGCACCUCCGACCCGGACAAGGCAAACGUAGAGAUCGUCAACAUCGUUGACCCAGGGGAUGAAAACAAAGGUUUGAAGCACAUACCAUUGAUGAAAAAUACUCGAGCCCUUCAACAGGGCGAUGUGCUCCUGAAAUUCGAUGAGGCCCGAAAUGAUGACACUCCUGAUGAAUUGGUCCCUUUCGCCAGCGCAGUCAAGAGACGUAAGACUGGCAAAAAGCCUGAAUAG